GACACGAGGACGUUCUGCUUCACGGGGUUGAGGACUGUGCCGGACUGGGUGCUAAAACAUUCCAAGGCCAGUGGAAACGAUGUAGAAUGCUCAAGGAAAUUGAAUUACCUUUGUGAAUUCAGAGCGACAAUGUCAACAGUUUUGGCAACGACCACACCAAUGCCACAAUUAUCUAACACAGAUGGAGAUAUUCAUAUGUGUCCUGGACCAGUUAAGCAGGAGUCAAGGCGUAACAAUUAUCCCCUGGCCCAAUAUGGUGACAGCUGCUAUGAGCUUCAAACGCACAGUGCUAUCUGGACGCAUAGCGAGCUUCUUUGUAAGCAACAAGGGGGCCAUCUGGUAGCAAUUACAAGUGAGACUGAGCAAGCCUUUGUGGGCGCCUUUAUGACACGUCAUAACCCUGUCCACGCGGUCUGGCUCGGGCUCCAUGAUAGGAAGGUUGAAGGGCAGUUUGAAUGGACUUCAGGUGAAAGUGUAUCUUACACGAACUGGGUUCCAAACCAUACAAGCAACUUUGUAAGUCAUAACACCGAGGACUGUAUUGCAUUAAUACCUUACAAUAGCAGCAAAUGGGACGAUUUACCCUGUGGGCAACAGGGAUUGUUAUUUGGUGACGUGGGGGAAAAGCAUUACACGUUCUGCGAAUACAAAGUUCUGUCAAGUCACGGUUCAAGUGUGCUGGUUGGGUGAAAAGUGGAUACCACUGACAGAUAAAAUAAAAUCAUUAUCAAACAA